AUGGCGGCCGAAGCUACAUGGCUGUGGUUUGUGACACUUUUCCAGCUUAUCUCACUUGCCAAGUCGAGCGUGUGUUACUAUGGUUAUAGCUACAGCUACUACCAACUGUCUUAUUACUGUGAUAACGGCUGCUGCGGAUAUUACUACAGUCGCUACUGUUGUUCCAGCAUAAGUUACGGAGCCAUUGCCGGCGCGGUCGUGGGAGGUAUCAUCCUCAUCGCCAUUAUAGUUGUUGUAGUUAUCAUCUGUUGUAAAAACAAAGUUUCAACGAGACGAAACGGUGUCGUGAUUCCUCAGAACAGAACCACUGUCGCUACAGUUUCAAAUGUACAGACCGUGCCGCCACCACCGCCACCACAACCGCAACCUUACUACACCCAGCCUCCGCCCUACCAACAACCUGGAGUAGCCUACCCGCCACCACAGAUGUAUCCACCAGCACAAGCAAGCAACGAUCCAGCAUACCCUCCUCCUCCUCCACCGAAAUAUUAG